AAUCUGCCGAGAGAAGAGCGGAACAAGGCAGAAAAUGUCAUUCUUGUUGGAUUGAUGCCUGGACCUAAAGAAGCAAGCACCGACGAGAUCAAUAACUAUUUGCGUCCUCUUGUUGAUGAACUUAUGCUAUUGUAUAAAGGUAUCACAAUUGAUACAUAUAACUGCUCAGGUGCUCUGGUGCGUGCUGCUCUGUUGAUGGUUGCAUGCGACAUCCCUGCUGCAAGAAAGACGUGUGGGUUUACAUCUCACAACAGCACAUGUGCAUGCUACAAAUGCAAUUGUCAGUUUGCUCGUGUUGAUGGGACCACUGCUGUAAACUAUUUUGGGCUUAAGUUUUUGGAAUGGGUAGGCCGCACAAAAGAAGAAAAUCGCAGACAUGCAAACCUGUGGAAGAAUGCAAAGACAUUGAUAGAGAGAAAGCAAUUGGAGAUUGAGAAUGGUGUUUGUUGGUCUGAGCUUCAUCGACUUGUGUACUUUGAGCCAGUGCGUGCCACCAUUAUCGAUCCCAUGCACAACCUUUUUCUCGGGACUGCAAAA